AUGAAAGUCCCUAAGAGUAGGACCGUGGAAGUCACCAAAUGUGCAAUAGAAGCUGGGUUCCGCCAUAUCGAUGCUGCUUAUUUAUAUGAAAACGAAGAGCAGGUUGGACUGGCCAUCCGCAGCAAGAUUGCAGAUGGCUCUGUGAGGAGAGAGGACAUCUUCUACACGUCAAAGCUUUGGUCCACUUUCCAUCGACCAGAGUUGGUCCAGCCAGCCUUGGAAAGGUCCCUGAAAAAACUCCAGUUGGACUAUGUUGACCUGUACCUUAUUCAUUUUCCAGUGUCUUUAAAGCCAACCGAGGAGGUUUUCUCAAAAGGUGAAGAUGGAAAAAUAUUAUUUGACACGGUGGAUCUCUGUGCCACAUUGGAGGCCAUGGAGAAGUGUAAGGAUGCAGGAUUGGCCAAGUCCAUCGGGGUGUCCAACUUUAACCGCAGGCAGCUGGAGAAGAUCCUGAACAAGCCAGGGCUCAAGUACAAGCCCGUCUGCAACCAGGUAGAAUGUCAUCCGUAUCUCAACCAGAGCAAACUGCUGGAUUUCUGCAAGUCGAAAGACAUUGUUCUGGUUGCCUAUGGUGCUCUGGGAACCCAACGAGUAAAAAAUUGGGUGGACCCGAGCUCCCCAGUUCUCCUGGAAGAUCCGGUUCUUUGUGCCCUGGCCAAAAAGCACAAGCGAACUCCAGCCCUGGUCGCCCUGCGCUACCAGCUGCAGCGUGGGGUUGUGGUCCUGGCCAAGAGCUACAACGAGCAGCGGAUCAGAGAGAACAUACAGGUUUUCGAAUUCCAGUUGACUGCAGAGGACAUGAAAGUCCUAGAUGGCCUAAACAGAAAUCUACGCUAUUUCAACACAGAUACUUUCUCUGACCACCCUAAUUACCCAUUUUUGGAUGAAUAUUAACAUGGAGCCUUCACACUACUUCUACCAGAAGCCGCUGCCUGUGGAGUGGGAUGUGGAAGAUCUGCCUCAGAUCCUGUACAACUCAGAGCAAGGACAGCAAGCUGGGUUUGUGUUUUCAGCAGCUGCAACAUGCCAACAGAAUCCUCUGAUCACUUACUCUGAUGAACAGCUGUGUAUUCCUCGGAGAAACCCUACUCAUGAUGGAAAAGUGUCCUAACAGACCCUGUUGGUGCAGAUCGUUCUGUGCCUACAUCUGAGUCGUUGUGAACCGGACGCUUCCUUACCAGGAUAACAAGCGUUUGUUUCAGCCAGAAGGAUUUCAGCUGGCCCUGGCCAAGGACUGGGAGGGGCCUACUCGUAGGACCG